AUGGACAGCUAGAUGCGUUAGAGUCAGUAGUGCUUUCUCAUGUCUUGAAAAUACACGUACAAAAACAUAUUUAAAGUACAGUAAUGUGUAUAAAUGUUUUCAAGAUUAGUAGCUGUAAACAUUAGUCGUUUUUAUUUUAAGUAACAAUCCAAGUGCUUUGGGGUUCCUUCUCAGCGGAAGGAUAUUUGCGCCGUUUUAACGUGCGCUAAUUUAUUUACUUAGAUUUCAUAUCUUAUGUACUGGACUCAAGAAUGGAGGUUACUGAAGUCAUGGACAGCAGAGCACCGCUGGCAGCCCUGUCUCCCUCUCGGCAGAACACUGAAGCUGGAGAUGUGGAUUUCUCCAAACUUACUCCUUCACAGUUUGGCAUAUCAACAGACAGCUUCUUACCAUCCUCCAAGAUUAAAGAUAAAUCCAGAGUUGCUCAACUGAAGGCCAGGAGGAGAUCCAAUAUUGGGGUUCGAGGAUCUCCAGAAACGAACUCACUCAUCUGCUUCAGAGCCAAACAAGCUGCAAAAACACCUCCACGAACACCCCAGCUUUUGCAGGGGAGUCCAUUCCUUUCACGCUGUGACUCUCUGAAGAAGAAGAUGGCUGCUUUCCAGUGUCUGAUGGAGGAGGACGAAGAGGAUGAACAGAAGAAAAAUGAGGGGAAUGAGAGUGCUAGAAGCACUUUGGCUAAAGAUUCUAAGAACGAAAAAGAGAACACACUGACUACUCAAAGCCCACCCACUUCGAUGACGCCUCCUCCCUCUAAGAAGCGUUGCUGGGGCCCUCAGGGGGAGUGUGAGGACAAGAUUACUGAGACUGCACUCCCCUACCCCACCUUCACAACACAACAGGAGCAAGGGUUGAAAUACUUUGAGUCUCAAAGCCAGAGGCCUCUUUCAGACUUGGAUUCGAAUGCAAAGAAUGAGCUUUUGUCUUUACCCAUGCUGUCAAAACCAGAAAUUAAGCCAGCAGAUGAGAAUGCAGUCUCUUCUGUACGCAAGAAGAAGCGUGUUCGUUUUGGGGCCCCGCUCUCUCCAGAGUUCUUUGACAAAACUCUCCCUCCCAGUACCCCACUACAGAAAGGAGCCACCCCAAAGUGUCCUCCGUCAUCUACAGGUCCUAAACGCUCACUGCUGAAGACCCCACAACGAUCUGAUCCUCUUCCGCAGCCUGACUUCAGUAGUCCUCAAAGCAAUGGAGCCUCACCUGUCCUGGUUAUUGACAGAUGCAGUGUUGGACUGCUGUACAGUGAUGAAGUAUUUGAAGAGAUCAAGAAGAUCAGUUUUCCCAGUAUGGAGGAUGAGUCUCCUUCAUACAAACCUUCUGAGGACUGCAAAGAUGCACUUUUUGCUGAGGACCCAGGGCAGCCCCAGGCUGAAGACGUUGAAGUUAUGAACGCAGCUUUUCAAGAGGAAGAAGAUGUACUAUCAAAUUCACAGACAGAGGAAAAACUGCUCUGUCCCACUGGUGAUCAGCCACUGGCACUCUCUGCAGUAGAUGUUGUCCAGGAGUCUUCUGCCAGUUCUGAGUCCAAUUCCAGCACUGAACCUACUCGCUCUCGCAGUAGGAAAAGAAAGCAACCAGGGGAGAAUGAGCCUGAGAAGAGAAGAAGCUCACGUACAGCAGCAGCUUCUGCUUCAGGAAAGAUGAAGAAGACGUCAGGAGCAAAAAAACGAUUUGGCAAUAAGGAGGUGGAUCGUUCUCUGUAUGGGAAAAGAGACUAUGCUUCAAAAAACCCUCUUCUCAGCCCCAUAUUUGAGACGACGUCGACUAGUCUCAACAACACGCCAACACAGACUCAAUCAGGAAAACAAAUAGAUGGAGAGCAAGACCGCUUUCAGACUCCCAACGUUCCCCAUAGCAAGACAAUUCAUCUCAUGGUAAGUCUGGAUGAAAAUGAGCAGACGUUGAGCUCCACUGUGACAGACACCACUUGCAACCAAUCAAACAUGGGUGUGACUUGUUUGGACGACUCAGUCGGCACUCAGGGUGCUGCAGGAAAAGUAAGCUCUAUGUCAAAGACUUCCAAAGCCGAACGUGACUCGGGGAGGCCUGCGCGCCAACGUCGUAGCUCAGGCACAGUCAGAAGAAAAAAGCUUGGCAGUCCAGCUAUUAGCACCACUACUGAAUCAAGCGGUGAAACUGGGGAACAAAGUACUGAGAGCCAAAAGCCAAAUGAAUCUGCAGGUUUGAGCCCAAUGUACCAAGACAAUCCUGUUAGACCAGUGCAUUAUGAAGCUGAGUGCUCUGAGAACAAAGAAGUUGAGGGUUUAAUAAGCGGUGUGGUACCAAAUGGAGACUCGGUGAACACUGAGAGCUUAGAGCAGAUGACGCCAAGUAAUAAAAAACGUGGACGGGCUCUGAAAAGUUCUCAUGGAAAGCUUAAUGUUGUGGUAGAGGAAGUAGUUGAGAGUGGUCAAUCGGAACGAAUAACUGAUGAUGCGUCAGAGAGCAUCGCUACACCUGCAGAGCCUAGUUUGGCCCCUUGGCAGCAGGCUGCCUUUAACAUCGACGACAUCCUGAAACCUGUGGCGAAGAGUCGAGGUUCUGUGCGACGCAGCCUGAGGAACCGGAGGAGUGUGGAUCUUCAGGCUGUGGGCCUGGCCUGGGUGGAUCACACGUCCCCGGAGCUGAGUACAGCGAGUCGGAGGAGGACGCGCGGCAGACUCAGCGGAGUAUCUGAACCACUUGUUUCUCAGGCCUCUGAAGAACCAACACCAGACUUGGGAGAGUAACUAACUUCAAUCAUUUGUGUGUCAGUUAACAGUUUAAUUACUGUCAGAUGAACUUUUGAUACAGUACUGCUCUUUUCUCUUGUAAUGUUUUAAAUCUCUUGUUUUUUACACAAUUUUAGUGUUUAUGGAUGAAACCUGCUCUUAUUAAGAAGAUUGCGUUAAUGUUAGGUUACUUUGACUCAUUAAAUCUUCCCUUGGAUGAAUGAA